AUGCGCAGCAGAUGGACGACUUCCCCUAAAUAUCCGGUCACUAAAUCCAUCUACAAUUGCAUGGAUGCAUCCUCUAGACGCUUCAAAAAGCAAAGUGCGCACAUUGUGAGCCCGGAACUCUGUAAUGAUCUUCUUCGCCGGCUGUCUCCAUUCCUCUCUUGCAAAUCUCCCAUCGAUAUACUUGACCUCUGGCCGGGGUCUGGGUUCUGGUCUUCGAAGGUCAACGAGCUCCUCCAGCCUCGACGCCAUAUCCUUGUUGAACCUCGCAUCGAAUGCUACAGACCGCUCCUGGCUCCACUAACUCAAAGCAAGCCUUGUUACGUGUUGAGAUCCGAAGAUCCUUAUAGGCUGUCACAAUGGCAAGAAAUUCUGGCCCAGUCAUUCCCGGAACAGGAGCAGUCUAAGAGCAAAACGGACGGAACGGUGGUGCAGAACGACACCUUGCUUAUUCUUGCUAAUCCACCUACCUCGGCUGCCAAUGACCACUUCACCGCAUCGAGAUGGUGGUCAACGGUUAUGGAUCAAUGUUUGCGUCAGAGUGGACUACAUACUUAUGGAUCUGUACGCAUACUGUCCCUCAUGCCGACGAGCGAGGCUUUGAGCGUCGUACCCCAGUCAGUGUCAGGUCGCAAGCGAGCGGCGCUCCUGACUGAAACAGUGAGCAAACGUGCCUUCAUCGUGGGGAUGUCUGAUCCGGAAGCGUUACCCCUUCUGACGAAAGAAUGGGACAUGCUUGUCAAAAGUGCUGCCUGCGCCGCUGAGCGCGCCGCUGAAUUGAACGAUACCAUACCUGCUGACCGAAUCCCCCCACCUCUCUUGAUGGCACCGCAAAGCCCGAAACCCGGAAACUCGGGGAAGCCUUUUGUUCCACGUCCAAAGCAAGAUUGGCACGAUAGAGCCUUAGUGGGGUUCGAACCACAGCCCAAAAAGGCCAGAAAGAAGGCAGAAAAAGAUAUUGACGAAAAGGAAUCACAAGAUGUUGCGCGGCAGAUUAUUCGCUUGAAUCAAGAUAAUACCCGUGCAUAUAAGAUCCAACACGCUGUUGACCUGUACAUGCAGGCUGACGACAUGGAGAAGGCUUUCUCGAGGGCUGUAGCAGAUCCAGCCGUGGAACUCUCCGAAUUGAAGCAUCUAGAUGAACAAUUGAGCGAGAAGAGGAAGGAAGCAGCAGCAGCGCUUGAAAUAAUCGAGUCUCGUUCACGCGUCCAAGUUAUCACGAGAAUAGAUGAUCGACGCGCAACUUUCAGCACCGGCAGUCUCGAUGACUCCAUACUCUACUGGGAACGCCGGCCAUUCGAGCCCUUCAAGAUCCACCCUCGGGAGCUCUAUCCGCUCGAUAUGCCGUGCGCCAUGGUCUAUUUUGAACCGGACACCCAAGCACUGAUCCCACGAGCGCUCCGUGCAAUGGACGCGGCUAAGCAGAGCGAGCUGCUCGAUACCCUGAACAUCUUUAUCAACUCUAUGAACACGCAAAAUCCAGUCACAGCAGCCGAGUUUCUUCGGAUUUUGUUUCCAGAACGCUCAAGCACCGACCUCGUCAAGACGAUACCUAGCUUGGCAGAAUUUGCGUCAAAGAAACUCGGUUCGACCUCAGUUGAACCUGUUGAGGCAGACCAGACUGACCGAGAACUCCUAGAGUACGACCUCGGCACAGUCCGUAUGCGGUCACUCCCAAUCAGCGUGUUAUGGGACAUUGUCCUGGAAUACGACAAAGCGCCCUUCAAGCUCGAUGAUAUGCGCUUAACCCGCGCUUUGGGAGGAUCCGUGACCGCAUACCGCGCAGGCGAGUCGCCAAUUCAACAAGAGCGUAUUAGACUCAAACUCAAAUGA